AUGUCUUUGAAGUUACCAUCGAUUCGCGACUCCGACUUGAAUUCACUUUAUGCUGCUGACGAAGAUAGCCACUUGUUCCAAAAUGUUAAUGAUUUACCAGAUGACGUCUUGAUUAAUCAGUACUUACCACUCCCUCAAAAUAUAAGUGCCAAAGCUGUCAAGAUUCCUGGUACCGCCAAACCGGGGUUUUCUGAAAUUUACAGAAAUGCUGCUCUUCCAAAUGGAUUGAAAGAAUCAAUCAUUCCUGAGUUGAACACGUUCCCAAAAAUAUUUGCCUCGUCAGUCAAGAGAAGAGCUAAUAGUCCUUGCUUAGCGUACCACGAGUACGACUACGAGAACGAGCAGCACAAGGAAAGAUAUGCUUCAUUCACUUACCAAGAAAUCGAUACUCGUAAGACCAAUUUCGCUAAUGGUUUGAUGUACUUGUUAGAGACCAACCCAUACAAGAAUCUUGCCAUUGAGUCCCAUCAACAGAUUUUGAACCACUCGAAGGAAUACAAGAACUACAACAAGGACAACAUUUCCUUCAUUGUCACCAUAUAUUCUUCCAACAGAGUUGAAUGGCUUUUAACCGACUUGGCAUGUUCAGCAAACUCCAUCACUGAUACCGCAUUGUAUGACACGUUGGGACCAACUUCUUCCAAAUUUAUCUUAGGUUUGACUCAGUCACCUGUUGUUGUUUGUUCCAAAGAGAAGAUUGAAACAUUGAUCAAGUUGAAGGCAGCAAAUCCAAAAGAGUUGGAACCUUUGAUCACUAUCAUUUCUAUGGAUCCAUUGAAUGUCAAGGGCAAGUCCAACCGCAAUUUAAUCAAACUAGCAGAGGCAAGCAAUAUUAAAUUGUAUGAUUUCGGUCAAGUUGAAAAAGUUGGUGAGGCAUUCCCUCGCGAACCAACCGCACCAUCACCUGACACUGUAUACACGUUCACAUUUACAUCUGGUACAACCGGGGCUAACCCAAAGGGAGUCGUUUUGCUGCAAAAGUCAGUUGCCUGCGCUCUUCUGGCUUUUGCAAUGUUGUUGCCUCACCACAAACAAAUGACUGAACUUGCGUUUUUGCCAUUAGCCCAUAUUUUUGAAAGACAAAUGACGGCAUCGAUUUUGUUUGUUGGAGGAACUGUUGGGUUUUGUAGAUUGGGCGGCACACCGUUAACCUUGUUUGAAGAUAUGAAACUUUUCAAGCCAACUUUUUUUGCAAAUGUGCCUAGAAUCUUUACAAAAAUGGAGGCAAUUAUAAAAGCGGCAACAAUCGAUUCCUCAUCAAGUGGUCAAAGUUCCAGUAUGGGAGGUUCGGAAAGUGAAUUCAAUUUCAACAAGGCUUUGGUCAAAAAGUUGCGGACCAAAUUUGGGUUUGAUAAUGUGGAAUUCUGCAUUACUGGGAGUGCGCCAAUUGCCUCUGAGACUAUCAAGUUUUUGAAAGCAAGCUUGGAGAUUGGUUUUAUUUUGGGGUAUGGCUCAAGCGAAUCUUUUGCAGGUAUGUGUAUGGCUUUACCAUUCCAUUCUCCAAGUAUUGGAACCUGUGGUGCACUCACCCCUACUGUUGAAGCUAGACUCAGAGAGUUGCCAGAUAUGGGUUACUAUUUAAACGAUAAAGGUGGACCAAGAGGGGAAUUGCAAUUGAGAGGCCCGCAAAUGUUUAGUCACUACUACAAGAAUGAGGAGGAGACAACAAAGAGUAUUGACUCGGAACAGUGGUUUUCUACAGGAGAUGUUGCUCAGUUCACUGAAGAGGGUUGGGUCAUUAUAUUCGACCGUGUGAAGAAUUUUUUCAAAUUAUCUCAAGGGGAAUACGUUACCCCGGAAAAGAUUGAAAACUUGUAUCUUUCAUCAAACCCAAUAUUGUCCCAAGCAUUUGUUCACGGUAACUCGACAGAAUCGUAUUUGGUUGGAAUAAUUGGUGUUGAUCCUGCUGGUAUAAUUGGCUUUUUAACAGACAGGUGCAACAUCUCAAACCUGCAAUUGGAUACCAAUGAAAAGAUCCUUGCAGUAUGUAACAGACGUGAAAUCAGGACUCAACUUUUGUUGCACUUGAACUCGACCGUCGGCUCGCAAUUGAAUGGUUUUGAAAAGUUGGCAAACAUCUUUAUUGAUUUUGAGCCAUUGAAAUUGGAAAGGGAAGUUGUUACACCAACUUCUAAAAUUAGAAGACCAAUUGCUGCCAAGUACUUUAAACCCCAAAUAGAUGCUAUGUAUAAGGAAGGUUCCAUUUUGAAGGAUUUGAAAUUGUGA